AUGUCCGUGGACUUGGGCAACCACGGACAGUUAGAUCUCAUGCAUAAGUUGAGACAAGUUCAGCUUCGAAUUUUGUUUCUCAUAGAAACAAAGGUGUCGGGUAGAAGAACGGAAGUAGUAAGAAGAAAAUGUGGGUUUGUUCAUGGAAUUGAUGUUGAUGCGGUAGGGACGAGGAGGGGUUUAUCAUUAGGUUGGAAGGAGGGGGUGAGUUUAUCUCUAAGGAGUUUUUCGAAAGCUCACAUUGAUAUGGAGGUGGAAGAAGCAGCUAAAAGGGUUAGGUGGAGAUUUACAGGUUUUUAUGGUUCACUAGUAGAACAGGAUAGAAAGGAGUCAUGGUACUUGUUGAGACACUUAAAGCGUGGAAACAAUAGGCCAUGGUUAAUUACUGGAGAUUUUAACGAAAUUCUAUUCUCGUAUGAGAAACAAGGGGGAAGAGUUAGGGAGAAAAGACAGAUGACUGCGUUUAGAGAAGUUUUGGAAGAAUGUGAGAUAAACAACUUGGGGUUUUUUGGGCAGUGGUUUAUAUGGGAAAUGGGUAGGCUGAUGACCAACAAUAUCAGGGAAAGACUGGAUAGGGGAGUGGCGAAUCCAAAAUGGUGGGAUCUUUUUCCAGGAUUUAGGACACGGAAGGGGAUGGUAGAUUGCGUUUUAAAGAACAACAAAGGCAUUUUAGAUUCAAUGCUGAUUGGAUUUUGCAGUCAGGAUUUUCUAGUAAAACUGAGGGAGGUGGGGUUGAGUUUGAGUUCCUGGGUAGCCAAGUUUAAGAAGUUUCGAGAACGUCAAACACUGGAGCUAAAUGUGAGAUUAAGUUAUUUAAAUGCCUGCGAGAUAAGCGAUGAGGUGUUGGAGGAGAUCACAGAGGUUAAACUUGCUCUGAACCUUGAAGUCGAUAAGGAGAAGAUCUUCUGGGAACAAAGAGCGAGAGUCAAUUGGCUUCACAUAGGAGAUAGGAACACGUCCUUUUUUCAUAGGUGUGUUUCUAACCGAAAGAAGAUGAAUAUGAUUAGAGUACUGCUAAAUGGUGCUGGGACGUGGGUGAUGGAUUUUGGUAAAGUUUUAAAAUUUGCAACAGAUUAUUUUAAAGACCUGUUUUCGUCUACAGAGAUCGGCGAUUGUGAUCGCUUAUUUGAGUCUUCUGUUCCAUGCAUAACGGAGGACCUAAAUAGGGAUUUAAUGGCUGAGUUUAGAGCAGAAGAGAUUGUUGUGGCUAUGAAACCUAACAGCCCUCUAAAAGUAUUAGGUAGGGAUGAGUUUCCAGGGGCAUUUGUUUCAGGAAGGCAAGUUAUUGAUAACGUCCUUGUGGCUUAUGAAAUUCUGCACACGUUUAAGAAACGUGUGGUGUAUACAGUGGUAAUAAAUGGAAGACAUGGAGAAGACUUUCAGCCUCACAAGGGAUUAAGGCAAGGGGAUCUGUUAAGUCCGCAUUUGUUUCUCAUCUGCGCUGAAGGUUUCUCACGACUUAUAGCACUUGCUAAAGCGAAUGGAAGGAUUUCGGCAACAAAUGUGGGUAGAAGUAACGUUUCGGUGUCCCAUCUCUUUUUCGCUGAUGACAGUAUGCUGUUUAGAGAGGCCUCCAUUGAAAGGGCUUCUAAUUUGAAGAAUGUGAUUAAGGAGUAUGAAAGGUUGUCGGGGCAAUUGGUAAAUUUCGAUAAAUCUCUUAUCUAUUUUAGUGGGAAUAUAGGCUCUAACAUACAGCACCAGGUGGGUAGAAUUUUGGGGGUUCAGAUUUCAAAUAACCCAGAAAGGUAUUUGAGAUUGCCAACUAUGAUAGGACGUCAGAAAAAAAAUGCUUUUGUUGACGUUAAAGAACGUUUUGUCAAACUGUUGCAUAACUGA